UUUAAAAAUAGACUAAUCCAAUGAAUGUUUAAUAGGUUCCAAUAACAAAACCUCCAUCUCGUUCACCUAUGUAAACCUACAACAUAGCCAAAAUAAUAAAAACAGAACCAUCCCAAUCUGAUAGAUAAUUUUCAGCUGGACAUAGAUGUGAAAGAUCUAUGCUUUCACCAAGUCUUCUUGAUGAAGGAUCAGUUUUAGUUCAAAAAUUACCACCUAAUAAAUUAGUAAUAAAUUUAAAUAUCAAGGUAAAAGCUUCAGGUAAAUAUCCAGAAUUUUGUAUUCGGGAUUAAGAUACAGGCAAAGUUAUCGAUAUUCGUUAUUAAGACUGGAGAAAUAAUUGGUUUAUAAAUAUUUAAUUUAUUAGGAAUACUAAGAGUCCAAAUAAUGCCAAAUUAAUAAAAGCAGUGAAAAACAAUACCUAUAAUGAGGCUAGAGAAAUCCUCUUAAAAGAUAAACCUGAUGUAAAUGCACGUGAUACAGAUGGAAAUACAGUGUUACAUUUAAGUGUAAUGAGUGGAAACUCUAAACUAGUUGGAUUACUAUUAUAUCAUGAAGCUUAGAUAGAUUCAUUAAAUUCAAAAUUAUAAACACCCUUAAUGAUUGCUUGUAGUUUAGGAGCUGAAGAAAUUACUUAAUAAUUAAUAACAGCAGGAGCUGAUAUCAAUUCUUAAGAUAUUAAUAAAAAUACUUGUCUUCAUUUAGCUACUAUGAAUGAAAGAUAGAAAAUAAUAGAUUUAUUAUUAAACAAACAAAGUUUGAAUCUAAAUUUAAAGUAUAUAUACAAAUUAUUUUCAUAUUAGAAAUAAAGAAAAUAAAAUUGCUAUGGAUUAUUCUUCUAAUUAAUAGAUAUUUCUGUAAGCAAUGUAAAAAUAAAAUAAUAAUUCAAUUAAAAUUUAUGAUGCAAGAACUGAUUUUGGUAGUGAAAAUUGCAAUUCAUUUAAUGAAGAUAAAGUAGGUCCUCAUCAUUUUAAAGUACAUGCUUUAAUUGGAAGAGGUAGUUUUGGAGAAGUUUAUUUAGUUGAAAAACUUGAUACGAAUUAAUUAUUAGCUAUGAAAGUACUUCAUAAAUCUAAAAUUUAAAGUAUUGACAAUUUAUAUAUAGAGUAAAAUCUUACAAGAUAUGCAUUAACAGAGAGAAAUGUUUUAUCAUUAACCAAACAUCCAUUUAUUGUUAGGUUAAGAUAUGCAUUUUAAACAGCUGAUAAAUUAUGCUUAAUUAUGGAUUAUUGUCCAGGAGGUGAUUUAAGUUCUCAUUUGAGAAGAGAAUAAAGAUUUCCAGAAGAAAGAGUGAAAUUGUAUCUAACUUAAAUGAUUCUUGCUUUGGAAGAUUUACAUAAGAGAGAUAUAAUAUUUCGAGAUUUAAAACCUGAUAAUAUUGUUCUUGAUGCAGAUGGCUUUGCUAUGUUAACUGAUUUUGGUUUAUCAAAAGAGGGAGUAUAAGAACAUUAUACAGGUGCAAGAUCUUUUUGUGGAUCUGUAGCUUAUUUAGCACCUGAAAUGCUAAAAAGAUGUGGUCAUGGAAAAGCUGUAGAUUGGUACUUAUUAGGAGUUGUAAUGUAUGAACUUUUAGUUGGAUAACCUCCUUAUUAUGCUAAUGAUCGUGAAGAACUUUUUAAUAAUAUUUAAAAAGCUGAUCUUAAGCUACCUACCUAUAUAUCUAAUGAUGGAAUCAAUCUAUUAAAAGCUGUAAGAUAUUUAUUUUAUAUUGUAGCUUUUAUAAAGAAAUCCAGCUAAACGGUUGGGAUCAGGCAAAGGAGAUGCUGAAGAAAUAAAAGCUCAUCCAUAUUUUAAUGAUAUUGACUGGAGUAAAGUAAAAGAAAAAUAAAUUAAUAUGCCCAUUUUGAGUAGAAAAACUAGGUUUAUCAAAGUUGAACAUAAUGUCUUUGAAAUUGGUAGUUUUUUAGAAUAAUCCCAUUUGGCUGGCUGGUCAUUUGCAGAACAUAAAAUAUAGUGAUUUUCGUUUAUACUUAAC